GGUUGGGGAGACAACCACUCAUGAUCGAGUUGGUUAAAGAAACUAGGACCAAAAAAUCGGGUGAUUUAGUUGACGAGCGUACUCGAAAAGCUUUGGAGGAUUAUCAAACAAAGCUUGUGGAUUUUUUGGUCGCUAAUCCCAAAUAUACUCCUAGAGAAGGAGAGCCGCUUCAUCCAGAUGUUGAUUUUUAUAUUUGGAGUGAAGUCAUUGACGGAAAAGGGCCUAAUGGAUGUUUUUUUGGUGCGGGAAAUUUGGCGGGAAGCUUGAGAAGUGGAGAUCGAAAUUUAUUUCAAAGAGUUAGAGAUGGGGAAGGAUCGUCACGUCCAACACAAUUGGCACCGCAAGUAAUGGAAACAAUAAGACAGUUGGCUCUAACUGAGGCGAGACGCGAGUUAGCGCAACGUGAGGCGGAGCUAAAGGCCCAAAUGGAUGAACGUGAGGCGGCGCUAAAAGCACAAGUGGAGGGGCAACAACGGCAAAUAGAGGCAAUGGCUAAGAUGCAAGCAGAGAUGCAACAACAACAAAUAGAGGCAAUGGCGAAGAUGCAAGCAGAGAUGCAACAACAAAUGCGGUUAUUUAUGCAGUCUCAACAAAGUGGUGGUCAACCGUCUAGAGGAAACGUGGGAGCAGCUGACACUGAGCAAGAGAAUGAUGAUGAUUUCAACCUUGAUAAUUAUCCCGAUCCCGGUGAUGAUUUUUUAGGAUGAAUUUUAUUUUUAUUUUAAAUUAAAAUUGUGUGAGAUAACAAAAUUUUAUUUAUU